AUGCCUGCCCGACGCACUGGUCCUCCCGCUAGCUACUUGAAUGAGAAGAAACAUGAAUCCUCCUCACAGCCGGCACGAGCGGUUCGGACCACAUAUGAUGCUCUGACGGCAAAGGAGAAUCGGGGCAUCGUCGGCGCAGUGAGCAUGUUUGGAAUAUUACUUUUCUACAUCACCUCAGAUGACCGUCUUGCAUCCAAAGCCUUCGUGUCGGCGACCUGGGCAACUAGAGACAGUUUCCCUCCAGGCAGUUCAGACACGAACCUUAGCUUCACUUCUGAACCUCAAAGCCGAGGGCUGGCAAUUACGUCGAACAGCAAUUCGACCAUCCAAGGUGAUGCAUUCGUAUUCUAUGUUGCGCAAAAUGGUAGUGCCGAAUGCAUCAAUAUCAUUCCCGAUGGAAGUGGAGGUAUCGUUGCCAGCAAUGGGCCACAAGUGCCAUUUGGGGUGGAAGGGGGUCAUGUUCUUGCUUUAGCUGCUGGCAACGCUGAAGGAGGAGAGCAGACGGGGCCUCAAGUCGGUGUCUUGACGAGCAAGCGGACCACGUAUUGCAACCUAUACUUCUCUUUCUUCACAAAUGGUUCGUGGUCAGAUCUAGGACUAGUGCAAAUCGUUCUAGUGCCGCCAUUACCAGCUGCAUUGCAACCAAAUCUGCCCUCGACAUUACACUACAAGGCUCGUACCCAGCAUCGGAGACAUCUGCUCAAUUCGCCUAUCCUUCUCCAACAGGUAGUUCAGCAGCCUGCAACAAAAUCCCUACCGGGCGAUGUCACUAUAGCCCAAGUCUUCGUUCCUGUGCCCUCGAACAACAACCGAAUUAAGGACGGCUAUACCCUUUUCGGUUUUUGGGUCAACGGCACUUCGCUGGCCGCGUAUACGAUCAAGAUCAUCGGACAAUCUGGCCAGCCAGAAAGCCGGUUUCCUUUCUCUAGGUUGACAGGUACCACUGCUGGAGACCAAACGGACGAGGAAUUUGUGUACCAUCAGAUAAAUGGGACAAGUGUUGCUGAGGCCGUGUGCAAUACACAUAGAGGAUCCUUUCAGCGACAUAUUCUACAGUCCAGACAUGAGUGA